UCGCCAGAUGGUGCAGCAAGCAGCCUUUUCUUUUGUUUACCCAUCGCCUCUGAGUUUACCUUACUAACCUUGGCUACAAAACUAUGGACACGGCACGACCGACAUCACGACCGGAUGCAGAAAAGCACACUGCUGGCUUGUAAGGCUGGAUAGCACCGUGAUGUUACUGAUAUCCCAGCCACGCAAGAAUUACGGCUGAGCUUUUCAUCUGAGCUUUACUGUUUUCAUCAGCACUCAGUCAAAGACCAGGAUAAUGUGAGGACAUGUCUUGACAGAAGUAUAUCACAACAUUUGGCACAAUGUUUAGACAAAUGGACACAUCAUCUAAGAGGCGUGGGUUCAACCUGCCUCCUCCGUGUCAACAGGGGCGUAUCCGGGCUGUAGAGGUGGCCAGAGGAAGAAGUGGGUAUGGUUUUACUCUGUCAGGUCAAAGUCCCUGUGUCCUUAGCUGUAUCCUUAAGGGCAGCCCAGCAGACUAUGUAGGACUGCGAUCAGGAGACUACAUUCUUUCUGUAAAUGACAUCAAUGUUUCUAAAGCUUCCCAUGAAGAUGUGGUCAAACUCAUCGGCCGCUGUUCUGGUGUUUUGAAGUUGGUCAUUGCAGAGGGAGAAAGACCAAAAAGACACCAUCACCAACGCAAUGCAGGUAGCCGGCAUCACAGCAGCAGUAAUAUGGCAGCAGCUUUUGUGGACUCCUGCUCCAGUGAUGACGAGUUGGACUAUUUCUAUGAUAACAGCAUAAACAACAAUAACAAUAGUAGCAGGUCCGGGGCCAGAGCUGGUUGGUACAAGCCCAAAGUGGAUGCAAAAACCAUGGGCAUAAACAGAGCAGAGAAGGUAGUAGCUGAGCUGCAAUCUGGGGGGAUUUUCAACAUGAUUUUUGAAAAUUCCAGCCACUCAUCUAGCAGUUCAGACAAAGAGAGGGUCACAUCUGCAUCCAAGCCACAUCCACUCUCUGAUCCCGAGUAUCCCCCUUAUCGCCCACGUUCUCAUAGCAACCCAAACCUACUGUCUGAGGAAGAGAUGGCCCAGGUUGUCAAUGACGAUGCCUUUUUCCUGGAUGCAGACUUCAGACAUCUUCACCUCCAUCAGCAAGAGGGGGAUGUGGGAGACGGAGGGGACUUAGGCCUAGAGUCAAAUGAGGGCAUCCUAAAUGUAGGGAUGAUUGUUGGAUAUCUUGGAUCCAUUGAACUAGCAUCUACAGGGGCUAGUUUAGAGAAUGACAGUUUACAGGCCAUCAGAGGGAGCAUGAGACGACUUCGGGCUGAGCAAAAGAUUCACUCUUUGGUAAUGAUGAAGGUUAUGCAUGACAGUGUCCGCCUGUGCAGCGACAGGGGACAGGUCUUGGCCACGUAUCCCGCAGAAAAACUGGCCUUCAGUGCAUGUUGUCCAGACGAUCGCAGAUUCUUUGGGCUGGUCACAAUGCAGGCCUCAGACGACCAGGAUGACACAUACUUUAACACUAACAGAGAUGAUGAGAGUGGUUUGAGGACAUCUUGUCAUGUUUUUAUUGUGGAUCCAGAGCUCUGCCAGCACCAGGUUCACCUGAGUGUUGCCUGCAGGUUUGGCUUCGAGUGCACCCCAGACCCUGACACGGGAGGCUGCCUUGAGUUUCCUCCCAGCUCUCAACCUCUUCUGCAGUUUGUUUCUGUCCUGUAUCGAGACAUGGGAGACAAUAUUGAAGGUGUGAGGGCAAGAGCUUUUCAUGAUCCUGACAAUGACGCCCAACAAAACCACAGCACAAGCAGCAACAGUGACAGCGGCAUCGGCAACUUUCUACCUGAGGAGAAGAGCAACAGGGUGCUGUUAGUCGACCUUGGGGGGCCUCCUGCCAACAACUAUGUUCCGGGACCCCGUCACUGGGAUAGCCCCCCGUCCUCUCAGCAGGCCUGGAGCCCCACCCUUGGAACAGCUGCACACCCCCCUCCACCCCCUCCUGUGGCUCUGAGGAACGGUCACUAUCGCCAUGAUUCCUACCUGGCAGACCUCCCUCACCCGCUGCCCCUGUCGCACCAUGAAAUGUCACGAAGAGGGGUCCACCCACAUCACUUCUCCACAGGGAUACGGGGAGGAGCUGUGGGAGGGGCUGUGGGAGGAGGGGCGGAGCCUCAACGAUGGCUACCAGUCCAUGUGCUGAGAGACUGGCGGCAGCAGCACCACCUCGGCCUGAGCAGCGACCAGGAGUCCUAUGCGGAGUCCACAGACGGAUGGUCUUCAGCCAACUGUAGCACCCUGCCCCCACCCAUGAGUAAGAUCCCAGCUGACCGCUACAGAGCCCCACUGGCCCCUGGGGACCACCUGCCACCUCCGCCUCCUCCACCACAGCCCCACAGCCACCGGCUGGCUGCUCAGAAAGAUGAGUGGGCUAAGAAACUGUUUGGUGACAGGGACAGACCUGCGGCUGACAGAGGGGAUAGAGAUAAGAAACGAGGGAACAUCAAAGAAGGAGAGAAAAAGGGGAGUCGGUUUCGUGGCCUGACCAUGGGUUUUCCUCCUCUGCCCCAGCGCUCCUCCGCUCGCCGCUCCUUUGGCCGCUCCAAACGCCUCAGCCUGACCCGCUCCUUAGACGACCUGGAGUCUGCUGCAGUCUCCGAUGGAGAGCUGAACAGUGUAGAGCUGCAGGGCUGCAGCAGUGACAACAGUCUGAACAGUAAUGCCAGUCUGCCCAGCGUCCAGAGCCACCGCCGCCACACCGACCGCAGAGUGGCAAGCUGGGCCGUGUGCUUUGAGAGACUGCUGCAGGACCCUGUGGGAGUGCGAUACUUUUCGGAGUUCCUCAAGAAGGAGUUUAGUGAGGAGAACAUCUUGUUCUGGCAGGCCUGUGAGUUCUUCAGUCAUGUCCCUGAGAAUGACAAGAAGCAGCUGUCUCAGCGUGCACGGGAGAUCUACAACAGCUUCCUGUCGAGUAAAGCCACGACUCCGGUGAACAUAGACAGUCAGGCUCAGCUUGCUGAUGAUAUUCUCAACGCCCCGCGCCCCGAUAUGUUCAAGGAGCAACAACUGCAGAUAUUUAAUCUAAUGAAGUUUGACAGCUACACCCGGUUCCUGAAGUCCUUGCUCUAUCAGGAGUGUAUGCUAGCGGAGGUGGAGGGCAGGCCCUUACCAGACCCCUAUCACAUCCCCAGCAGCCCGACAUCAAAGCACAGCACCACAGGAUCGGACCGCUCCAAUCUCUCCACUCCCAAGAAGGAGGAUAAAAAGAGCAAGUCAGGCCGCUCUCUGAACGAGGACAGUCGUGAUGAUGGAGCAGACAGGAAGAAAGGCAUGUUCUUCUCCUGGUCACGCAACAGGAGCUUUGGAAAAGGCCCAAAGAAACGGGAGCUGGCCGAUUUCAACUACAAUUAUUCUGGUAGCAAUGGACGUCGAGAAUCUCAGGGCUCUCUUUCAUCGGGAACAAGUUUAGAGCUUGGGACAUCUGGAUCAGGAAAAAAUGAGGUGGAUGUGUCUCGUGGUGCAGAGCGAGGAGGCAGCAGUGCCCCCUUGAGGCAGUGUAAUAUAAGCCUGCCCGACGGCUCAUGUUGCUCUGUGCCCCUGAGGUCUGGAGUGUCCAUCAGAGAUCUGAUGCUGGGACUCUGUGAAAAGCUCUGCAUCAACCUGGCAGCUAUAGACCUCUUUCUGGUUGGAGGAGAAAAGCCACUGGUUUUGGAUCAAGAUUGUAUGACCCUGUGUUCUCGAGACCUCCGCUUAGAGAAACGCACUCUUUUUAGACUUGAUUUAGUCCCCAUUAACCGUUCAGUGGGAUUAAAGGCAAAGCCCACAAAACCAGUGACUGAGGUCCUCCGGCCUGUGGUAGCCAAAUAUGGCCUGCACCUCUCAGACUUAGUUGCACAUAUUAGUGGGGAGUCAGAGCCGUUAGAUUUAGGUCUUCCUAUAUCCAACCUGGAUGGACUACGGGUGGUAUUAGAUGUAGCUGAUCAAUUUCUUGGGAAAGAUAAGCAGAAAGUAGGGCCUUCUAAGAGCCAUGCCUCUGCCUCAACAAGCAGAAAUCAAUCAACAACAGAGGAGGACAGGCCUUCAGGGAAAGCCGGUUCAGCCCAUUCCCAUGGGGAGAACGGCAAACCUCGGCCAAGCUCUGAUACAAGCAGCCAGCCUUUACCCAACCACUCUGUCUCUCUCCUUAAGGCUCCGGAGAAAAGAAAACAGAAAAAGAUUAAUAUAGAUGAAGCUGAAGAGUUCUUCGACCUCAUAUCCAAAGCUCAGAGUAACCGAGCAGACGACCAGCGAGGCCUGCUAAACAAGAGCGACUUGCAGCUCCCUGACUUCCUGCGCCUGUCGCCAACGGAGCCCAGUAGCUCCACCCCUAACUCCCAUCACCCCAACAACGGCAGCUUCCCCAGCAGUGGCCGCCGGGGCAAUAAGGCCAAUGGCAGCGACAAAGGUGGAGGGGGAACGCACUUGCUCAAUGCAAGCCAUCAGUCCCAGAGCCUUGACUCUGCGCUGGGCAACGACAGUGGGGGAGGGAGGAGAGGCAGAGCUCCUCCCCUGUUCCCCGGCAACAUCUCGCCCAUCCACAAACCCCAGGGCAAUCAGAGGCACUCAGCUCUGCUGAUGGACUCUCACAGGGGGGAGUCUGUGCAGAUGCUGGAGGAGGACACCCUGUCUGACCUGACUUUAGUGGGAGAAGGGGACAUAAACAGCCCUAACCUCAACUAUGUCACUCCCUCCGCCUUAAAGUGCAAACCCCCCUCGCGCCCUCCACACCAAGCACAGGACACUAGGCCCAGCUCAGGUACUUCUGCUGUGUGACCCUGUGAAGUGCUCUUCACCUCUGUGUUCUCCUCCUGACUCUGGCCUAAAGUCUUUUUGAGAUGUCACUUUCAAAUCAGAUCUCUAAUAAGGUCUGAACUGCCCAGUAUGCAUCCUGAGCUUAAAACCUUUAUUGACCAGUGUGAUUACCAAAACCCUUUGUGCACAUAUUUCUGCAAACAAAUUUACUAUAGAACUACUGUAAUUAAAUACAGGAGUAAAGGAAGUUUUUCUAUCAUAAAACAGUGAAAAUAAUCAAGUUUCUAGUGGAUGCAUUGGGCUGAACUUUACUGUGUGGUGUGCAUCUGUGUGAACUUCUGAGCUGUGGAUUUUCUUUGUGGUAAUAUAGACCUCAAGGACGAGUUUGUGCCAACCGCCCUUUCACCAGAGGACAUCUUUCACAAUGCACUUUAGUCAGCUACGAGUGAAAUAUUACACUUGACUGGUCCAUCACGUUUUUGUAUUUAAUCUUGGAGUUUAUUAUUAUUGUUAGUGAGUGGCUAUGUUUUUAGGAAUGUUUCCUUACAAUCGAAACAUUAUUCAAAGUCAUAGGAACACUACAUUAUAGGCCAUAUACUCUUUUUAGUGCAUAUUUGUACAUUAGGGCUGCAACAACUUAUCGGAUCACUAUGCCACCUGCAUGAAAAGCUAGUUUUAUCACAAAGAUUGCUCCAUUAUUGAACAGAAUUUAGUACAUUUGAUGAAAAAUAUUUUUUAUCUAUAAUUUUGAACUAUCAAGACAUCCUUUGUUGGCUAAUUCAUUUAAACUGUUAAAAAUGUAUUAAAACAUCUCCAAUUGAAAUCAUCUUUUGGCUAGUCAUUAAAGUAAUAAAUAAUUGCAGCUCCAGCGCACACGCCAUCUUGGACCUACUUUAAAGAUGAGAGCACAGAGCAUCUUCUGUCCGAUCACCUCGUGUCAUAGUUCAUAAAUGCGGUGUACAUUUAGUGCUAACUCAUACUUGCCACUCCAAUGCGAAUGUUUAAAUCAGUCUAGUUAGUUUCAUAGGUAUUUUUAUUGCACUACAUCAUGCAAUACAUUCACUCGAUUCAAUAACACUCUUAGCUGGAAAAGGGGACUUGCAUCACUUUGUAAAGGUUUAUCUUAUCUUUUAUCAUGUUCUAUAUUUUAAGUAAAGUGGUAAUUUAUACCUUUUACUUUCUGUUAAAUAAAAGUAUUAAAUUUGUAUAUAGUCAACCAUACAAGAGUAGUUAUUGUUGAACUGCAUUGAGCUGUGUUUCAAAAUGCCUCUUCUCCGUUGAGUUUCCUGUACUGUUUGUAAAUAGAUCUAAUAAAUGGUUGUUAGAGGUUGAACUCUCCAUGGAGCCUCAUGUGA